UGGAAUUUACUAGAUUAACAAAAUGGCGACAGAAAGUGGGUGUUUGCGCUGCUACAAUAAAGGCUGCGGAAAGGAUUAUCGAGAAGAAGAUAAUCAUGAGAAGGCUUGUAGGUUUCAUCCUGGAGAGCCGUUCUUUCAUGAUGCUUACAAGGGAUGGAAUUGCUGCAAUAAAAAGUCAACCGAUUUUACAGAGUUUCUGAAUGUUCCUGGAUGUAAGGUAUCAUACCACAGCAACAUCAAACCACCAGAACCAGAGAAGCCAAAACAAGAGGAAACGUUGGCACAAGGAGAAGUACUUCAUGGUGGGAGCCCUCAGCAGCCUAUGAACAAGCCAAUUGAAGUAGAAGAAAGGCCAAGUGAUGAUCUACCGAUGGUGACAAUGAAACCUGUCGUAGACCGAAGACUGACAGCUGCCCUCAAUCACUUUAAAUCCCAACUACAACAGUCACAACAUAUUUCAACUCAAAGUCGUAUACCCAUCUGUACUAAUCGAGGAUGUGGGAAAUAUGGCGAAGGUGGUGAGAUGAAUACACAAUGUCAUUAUCACCCGGGAGUUCCAAUAUUUCAUGAAGGAAUGAAGUUCUGGUCUUGCUGUCAACGUAAAACAAGUGAUUUUAAUCAGUUUUUGCAACAAGAGCCGUGCAGUAAGGGAGAACAUAAUUGGGCUGACGCGGAGGAAGCUGCUAAGUUAACCACACCAUGCAGAUAUGACUUCUUUCAAACUAGCAACACUGUGGUCAUCUCUAUAUUUGCCAAGAACAGCAUGCCAGAAGAGACGAUAGUAGCCGGAAAUCCUACUACAAUCAAGGUUCACGUAGUGUAUGAUUUCGGACGCAGAGAAGUCGACUACUUUUGGAAAUUGCACGGUGUGGUUGAUCCCCGCAAGAGUUCCGUCACUCUUCUAUCCACAAAGGUAGAGAUCAAAUUGAAAAAGGCGUCAGCAUCAAACUGGCCCGCAUUGGAGUGGAAGGAAGAAAGAUAGCAAUUUUUUCAAUGCACUGGCUAGAUAUACUGACUGUUUAGUCUGAUUUUAAUGUUCCGUCGAUGUUUAGUUUUCUUUCAAUUAAAGAUCAAGCUGCGGCUUGCCAUUGAUUAUCCACCCGCCUACUUUGAGGCAUUAGUGUGCAACUUCGAUAUCCACCUCGCAUCUUUGAGCAAUUUGCGUGUCUAAUGUUCAUGUGGCUUCAAUCAUAAAGCCGCUGACAAGUUAACAGAGUAAGCAUAUUCGGAUUAUGAAGCGCCAUUGUUGUAGCCCAGCUGUUUGUGGGAGGCAGACCAAACAGGCAAUUUGGAGUAUUGUAAGACGCGUGGCGUUUAGAAACUCGAGUGUUCAAGACAACAACAAUUGAGACGUUGAUUACAACCGCUGUUCUACUUCUCUACUUCUCAAUAAUACAUAAACAGCCUGUAGAAAAUCUGCAGUCAGGCAGGUGCGUCAACUGAUUAUCUCGGGAUUUCACUACAAAAAAAUUGCAAAAUUCAAGGUAAACUUAAGUAGUAAGAUAAAACUGCUACAAUCCAGUCCUUAUUACUCUCAAUCAAAAUAGCGUUGACUUUCAAACCAGACCAGAGGAAUAAAAUGUAAGCUGGCAAUAACCAAAUCACCAAAUCAACUAGAACACGACUAAAUAAAUCC